UUAUUUUUAAAAUGGCAAGAAGAGGUCAAUAACCACCACCAUAACAACAAUAAGCUCCACCUGCUCAAAAAAAUUAAGCAGGAAAAUUCAACCCUGCUGAGUUUGUUAAACCAGGACUAACUGAAGAAGAGGUUUUGGAAAUAAAAGAGGCUUUUGACUUAUUUGAUACAGAUGGGUAUAUAUUAUUUAUAAAAUCUUAGUACUUAAUCUAUUGACCCAAAGGAAUUAAAGGCUGCAAUGACAUCAUUAGGAUUUGAAGCCAAAAAUCAAACAAUCUAUUAAAUGAUUAGCGAUUUGGAUACAGAUGGAAGUGGUCAAAUAGAUUUUGCUGAAUUUUUGAAAUUAAUGACAGCAAGAAUUAGUGAAAGAGAUUCUAGAGCUGACAUUUAAGUAUCUAAAAUAAUAAUAAUUUUCAUUAGAAAGUCUUCAAUCUUUUUGAUUCAGAAAGAUCUGGUGUAAUCACUUUGAAGGAUCUCAGAAAAGUAGCAAAAGAAUUAGGAGAAACAAUGGAUGACUCUGAAUUAUAAGAAAUGAUUGACAGAGCUGAUUCUGAUGCGGAUGCUUAAGUGACAUUCGAAGAUUUCUAUAAUAUUAUGACCAAAAAGACAUUUGCAUGAUUCAAAUAAAUAACACAUAAUAAUAUAACAUACACAUAUAUCAAUC